AUGUAUCCUCAAACGCCCAUGGGAUAUUCAGCGCCAAUGGCGUACGGCCAUGGUGGUUCCAACCCCGGCGAGGGAAUGGACGAGUACUAUGCUAGCAUGCAGCCGCACUGGGCUGGCAUGGAUACCUCACCCUACGCCGGUGUCAACCAUCCUUAUACCACCACGGCGGCCUUCCCCUCCGGGGCCAUUCUCACCCCCAUCAGCCUCCCGGACAGCUCUUUCCGGCCGAGUCCGGUUCUCAGUCACCAUUCGCAAGAAUUCCACUACAGCGUUGCCGAGACCGUCCCGUCUCACGGGCUGGGCAUCACCGCACCCUUCCCCAGCAAUUUCCCCCAGACGGUCACCGCCGGCCUGGACGAGCCGGACUAUGGUUUCAGUGAGGCCACCCUGUCGCCUCAACCGCCCCCCGCCAAGCGGGCCCGCCGCGGACCCAAGCAGGCCAUCACACCCCGGGAAGCCCCCGUGACAAUACUACCCAACCCCGAAGGACUCCAGCGCAUGGAGCAAGAGCGACGACAAGGGGCAGCUGAUGCCCAGCACAACCAGAGGCCUCGGGCUCCGGGCCGGGGCCGGCGAGACCCGCAGGCCGAAGAGGAAGACGCGUUUGUGGAGCGCCUCCGCGAGCAGAGCCUGGCGUGGAAGGUCAUCCGGGAGAUGUUCCGGGACAAGUUCCACAAGGACGCGUCGGAGGCACGCCUGCAGAUGCGCAUGCUGCGCCGACGCAAGGAGCGUCUGGCCCGCUGGGACGAAAACGAUGUGAUCAUCCAGAUCCGACUGCUCAUAAGAGCAAGGGACUUUUGGGAGGAGGAGAAGUACAACCUCAUUGCACAGAAGAUGAAGGAGCUUGGUGCGGGCCCCUACAGUCCGCAGCAAUGCGAAGCCCAGUUGCGAUACCUCGAUACACAGAACCGGGAACGAAGUACUACUACUGGCCCCCGGUCACGCAUACCUAGUGAUCCUCAGCCGUCUCGAAAGCGGCCGUGGUCGAGGGUACUUCAAGGUCCGGCGGGUAGUACGAAGACGUAG